AUGUCAAACGAAGGGGAGGAAGAUUUACUGGAAUACUCCGACAACGAGCAAGAAAUUCAAGUCGACAAUGGCGCAGCAAAUGGCGAAGCAGGCGAUGAAUCAGGUGCUACUUCAGGUGCUGUUGGAGACGCUGCAGCCGGGGACAGUGAUAAAAAGGGAUCUUACGUUGGUAUCCAUUCCACUGGGUUUAAGGAUUUCCUAUUGAAACCUGAAUUAUCGAGAGCCAUUAUUGAUUGCGGUUUUGAGCAUCCAUCUGAAGUUCAACAGCAUACAAUUCCUCAAUCUAUCCACGGUACGGAUGUUUUGUGUCAAGCAAAGUCCGGUUUAGGUAAGACUGCUGUUUUUGUGCUUUCAACCUUGCAACAAUUAGAUCCAGUUCCAGGUGAAGUAGCAGUUGUUGUUAUUUGUAACGCCAGAGAGCUAGCAUAUCAAAUUCGUAAUGAAUAUUUGAGGUUCUCAAAGUAUAUGCCAGAUGUUAAAACAGCAGUUUUCUACGGUGGUACACCAAUCGGCAAAGAUGCUGAAUUAUUGAAAAAUAAGGAAGCCGCUCCACAUAUUGUUGUAGCAACACCUGGUCGUUUGAAGGCUCUAGUUAGAGAUAAAUUGAUUGAUUUAUCUCACGUCAAGAACUUUGUUAUCGAUGAGUGUGACAAAGUCCUGGAGGAAUUAGACAUGAGGAGAGAUGUGCAAGAUAUCUUUAGAGCAACACCAAGAGAUAAACAAGUUAUGAUGUUUUCAGCAACGCUUUCUCAAGAAAUUAGACCUAUCUGUAGAAGAUUCUUACAAAAUCCUUUGGAAAUUUUCGUCGAUGAUGAAGCAAAAUUGACAUUGCAUGGUCUGCAGCAAUAUUAUAUCAAAUUAGAAGAACGUGAAAAGAAUCGUAAAUUAGCCCAACUACUAGAUGACUUAGAGUUCAACCAAGUGAUUAUUUUCGUCAAAUCCACUUCAAGAGCAAAUGAAUUAACUAAAUUACUAAAUGCUUCGAAUUUCCCUGCUAUUACGGUUCACGGUCACAUGAAGCAGGAGGAACGUAUUGCUCGUUAUAAAGCCUUCAAAGAUUUUGAAAAACGUAUCUGUGUGUCCACAGAUGUCUUCGGAAGAGGUAUUGAUAUCGAACGUAUUAAUUUGGCUAUCAACUACGAUUUGACAAACGAAGCAGAUCAAUACUUGCAUCGUGUCGGAAGAGCUGGUAGAUUUGGUACCAAAGGUCUAGCCAUUUCAUUUGUUUCUUCUAAAGAAGAUGAAGAAGUUUUAAACAAGAUUCAGGAGCGUUUCGACGUCAAGAUAGCUGAGUUCCCUGAGGAAGGUAUUGAUCCUUCCACUUAUUUGAAUAAUUAA